AUGAAGGCUUUUCCCCUGUUCCUCCUCCCUGCCUUGGGACUGCUAGUGUUCGGAGAGUCCCAGUGUUCCAUGGAUGAAGCCAUUGACAAGAGGAUCCAGCAGGGAACCAGCUCUCUGAUUCUUGAGGCUGUUGGGAGAAUUCUCAUGGACUGCCGAAGCGUUACCUCCAGGGGACACUUGGCCACCUGCCCCGCAGGUUUCGCCGUAUCUGCCUGCUCGUGUGGCUCUGCCUGUGGCUCGUGGGACGUGCGUGCGGAGACCACCUGUCACUGCCAAUGCUCGGGCAUGGACUGGACAGCAGCGCGCUGCUGCCGCAUCAAAGUCGCAGCCUAA